AUGAGGUGGAUUACUCUCGCGCUCCUCGUUGGGUUUGUGGGAAGCCAGCAAGCCCAUUAUGAACCCAUUUUCAGUCAAAAGAAAACUUACCUCUACCAUUACGAGGGGGUGGUUCUGACAGGCCUCCCAGAAGAUGGUUUGGCUAAGGGAGGCCUUAAGAUCACCAGCAAAGUGCAGAUUAGCUCAAUGGGCGAAAAGAAGCAUCUCCUCAAGGUCAUCUCACCUCAAAUCCUCGAGUACAGUGGGAUCUGGCCGUCGGAGGAGUUUAUUCCGGCUCGAAAGCUGACCCGGAGUUUGGGCGCGCAGUUGUGCCAGCCCGUGGUCUUCGAGUACACGCGGGGGCGAGUCGGGAACCUGUUCGCCCCUCCGGACAUUCCCGAAAACGUCCUCAACAUCCACCGAGCCAUCCUGAACAUCUUGCAGAUCAGCAUCAAGAAGAACCAGAAUAUCUACGAGUUGCAAGAGAAUGGGUUGGAAGGUGUCUGUCUCUCCAGCUACACCAUCCAGGAGGACAAGAAGGCCAGACAAAUCGCCGUCACGAAGGCCAAGGAUCUGGACAACUGCCAGGAAAAGGUCUCGGAGACAAAAGGCAACGAACUCUCCCAGCAGUGUGACACCUGCCAACAGAAGGGCAAGAAUCUUCGGAGUGUUUCCACGUACACCUACGCUUUGAAAGGCGUGGACGGGGGAGCAGAGAUAUCUGAGGUCGUCAGCCAGGAGACUCAUCAGUUCACGCCGUUUAAUGAAUUGGACGGUGCAGCCAGCACUGAAUCAAGGCAGCAUCUGUACUUGGUGGAACGCAAAGACCAGGCCCAACACAUGCCCAGCAACCCCAUGGAGAGGCGGGCGGGUCUGAGGUAUCAGUUCUCCAACGAGCUGUCGCAAGUACCAAUGCAGUUGGUCAAGACCUCGGCUAAUGAUACCAAGGUAGGUGGGAUUGCAGCAGAGAUAGUUGCCAAAGUGCUGGAAGAGUUGGCGCACCUCAACCAGGAGAAAGCUCAUCCAGAUGCUCCCCAGAUGUUCCUGCAGCUCAUCCAGCUGUUACGUUCGGCCGACCCACACGUCCUUCAAAGCAUUUGGAAAAAGAACGCCAACAAACAGAGCCACAGGCAGUGGAUUCUGGAUGCCAUCCCCACCGCAGCAACGCAUGAAGCCGUGCAGUUCAUCCAGGCCAAGAUUGAGCAGGAGGAGUUCUCCCAGUUGGAAGCUGCCCAGGCUGUCGUCUUUGUCCUGCACUCCAUCAAACCCGAUUGCCACGGUGUGGACAAUGCCACGGUGAGCCUUCACUUCCCUCUCAGUUUGUUUAGUUCAGAGGUUCAGCGCAGCGGUAGAGUGGCUGCCUCACAGCGCCGGAGACCCGGGUUCGAUCCUGACCAGGAAUGCUGUCUGUACGGAGGCCUCGCCGGUCAGAAGACUGAGAUGAAGAUGCUGUUGUCCAGCCCCUACAUGCAGAGGAACCCUCUCCUACGUAAAAUCACCUUGCUGGCAUAUGGAUCAUUGGUGCAAAGGUACUGCACCACCAUCCGGAUCUGUCCCGAUGAAGCUCUCCAGCCGCUCCACGAGCUGGUGGUGGAAGCCGGGAGCCGGGGUCACGAAGAGGAGACGGUCCUCGGCCUGAAGGCCAUCGGCAACGCGGGCCAAGCGGCCAGCCUGAAGCGCAUCCAGAAACUGCUGCCCGGCUUCAGCAGCGGGGCCAGCGGCGUCUCCAACAGGAUCCAUGCUGCCGCCGUGAUGGCCCUGCGCAACAUCGGCAAGAAGGAGCCGCGCAAGGUGCAGAACAUCGCCAUGCAGUUGGUGAUGAACACUAGGAACCGUGCUGAAAUGCGUAUGAGGGCCUUCAUUGUGCUGAUGGAGACCAAACCAUCCCUGGCCUUGGUCACAACCGUGACGGACUCGAUGAGCAGAGAUACCAAUGUCCACCUGACGAGCUUUAUAUAUUCCUACAUGAAAUCACUGGGGGGCUCCUCAGUGCCAGAGCUCCAGUCACUAGCCGCCAUUUGCAACAUCGCAGUCAAAAGGCUGAGCCAAAGGUGCGACAGACUAAGCUACAGGUACAGCAAAGGAUUUCACUUUGGACUAACUAUUCCUGCAGAUAAGUUUUUGGCCGGAAUCGAGGGCAACCUUUACCUCAUCAAGAAGUCGGAAGGGAUUCUCCCGACGACCAUGAUCGCCAACUUCAAGUCCUAUGGCCUCGGCGUCUCCAGUGACUUUUUGGAGGUAAUCCUACCACAAAAUAUCUAUCUUAACCAACCUCCGGCAUCUACUGCAAUAUUGAUAUUUGUGUUUGUGUUUAUGAAGGUUGGUAUCCAGAUGGAAGGAAUACACCACGCCUUGUCCAAAGGCGGCCAAUCUUACGGGAGAGGACUGAGGAACAAUGACACCGAACACAUUGUGGGAAAGGUGUCCGACUGGAAACCGAUGCCCCCAAUUAAAACCAUGGCCAGCGCCUACAUCAAGUUGUUCGGCCAAGAGAUCGCUUUCGUCGAACUCAACCAGAAUGGCAUCCAAGAGCUCAUGAAGGCAAUCAACAACCGAGCAAGAAGGGACGGGGUUAUCACGAGAUACCUUAACCAGCUCCAGCGGGGAAUAUCAACAAAAUGGACCAAAUCCUUGUUGGUCUUGGAGGUCCGGCACAUGGUGCCGACAUCAGUCGGUCUUCCCUUGGAACUUGCAUUCUAUUACACUGUGGUCUCAGCCAUCACGGCACAGGCCAAAGUGAAGUUCGAUCCAACCCCAACCAAUUUAACGAUGCCUCAAUUCCUGAACAGUAGCAUUCAGAUUGAAUCUCAGCUGGUUGCAAGUUCUGUGAAGGACGUGAUAGGCAUCAUGGGGAUAAACAGCCCUCUGAUCCAGGCUGGAAUGGAAGUACAACUGAAAACCAGCACCCUCGUCCCCCUGAACGUCACUGGCAAAGUAAACUACAAGAAGAGGAACGUUCAAAUAGAGACACCCCCUCUGCAACGGGAAAGGCAACUGCUCUCCAUCAGAACACGGUCUUUUGCAUUCUCGAGAAACAUCGAGGACUUGGCUGCAGCGAGAAUCACACCACUGGUUCCAAGUGGCGAGUCUGGAGUGAGGAUCAGGAUGUGGAAACUGGCAAAGAAUUCAAGCGGAGAUGACCAAGACAUGAUGGUGAGUACAUGUUCUUGGUGCUUGGAGAUGGAAGGAACUGCAGAUGCUGGUUUACAAAAAAAAAGACACCGUUCCUGCCUUCUCCCCAUAUCCCCAGACUUUGCGAUCUUUAAGAGCUCUAUAUUAACCUUCAACUGGUUUUUGGUUGUGACUGUCUUUCAGGGGAGAGUGUUGCCUCUUGCCAUUCCCAAAGGGUCUGUCUGCUCCGCUGAAGACCCUCCAGUCAUCCCAAGCCCAACCGUCCAGAAGAGCUGUGUGAAGGCCAACACCUUUGGAUUUCAAAUGUGUUACGAGACCAGCGUGGAAGAGACCGGCCUCACCACCAACUCCCCCUUGUACAAAAUGGUCGGAGAUAAAUCGAUGGACAUCGCAAUCAAACCAGUUAUUACCUCAACUCCAAUCAAAAAGUUACAAAUCGAAUUGCAGAUGCAAACAGGAGACAAACCUUUAGCAAAAGUCAAUCGUCUGAUGAAGAUGAAGAUGAACGACACAGAUUCCUCCGAAACCAUGCAAGCCGAGGGCAAGGUGGUCCUUCUCCGACUGAAGAAAAUCUUCCGUGCUAAAGAUAAGAUUCAGUCCAUGGAAGGGAGGUUGGUUUCGGCUGGGCUGCGUCCACAAUUCCCCGCGAAAAUGACCAGCUCAAUGGUGUCAUUUUGCCAGCAGGAGGGACGCUUGCACAGAUACACCACGAGCAGCUCAAUGUCAAGUUCGAGCAGAAGAUCAACGAGAAGAUCGGCAAGGCGGAAGGAAGAGCGCCCAAGGCCUCACGGUAGCCACACACCGAUGGCAAGGGACAAAGAGUUGGAACGCAGCAGGCAUGGCAAGCACCACGUGGAAUGUCGCACCAAGCAUGGCAGACGUUCUACGUCAAGUUCCCAAUCGUCAAGCAGAAGGUCAAUGAGAAGGUCAGAGGCCAACUCGAGAUCCCGUGACGGCCACACAUUAUCAGCAGAGCUCAGACGUGGCAAGCACCUGGAACGCAAGCAGAAGGGGCGACGUGGACAGUCUGGUAGACACACGUCUGAGAAUGAGCGAGGUGCAUCUGCUCAGCAAGAGUCGUCCAUGCAGAUGACAGGCUGGUCCCUCUCUUCCUCAUCCUCAUCCUCGGCCGUGACCAGGGGUGAGCGCCGAGCGCCCACCCAGCGCGGCUCCUCGAGGAGGUCCAGGAGACGUCAAGCCCCCAGUUCGUCCUCGUCGCAGUCCAGUUGCCGCAGUUCCAGCUGCAGGAGGAGAGCGCCCGGGGUCCCCGUGAGGAACAGCACCUUGCCUUCGUCUGCCUCCCUCAGCCGCUCGAGAUCCCUUUCCCCCUCCUCCUCCUCCUCCUCCUCCUCCUCCUCGUCCUCCUCAUCGUCACGGAGGGCGCCGCGGAACAGCGAGCGGACCGGGCGCUCCCCCUCACGCCGGUCGUCCUCCAGCCAGUCCAGCUCGCGCCGUUCACCGUCCGCGGAGUCGAGACGCCGGCGCAGCCAGCACGCCGCCCGCAGACAAUCCGGCUCCUCGCAGAGGCAGGAGGACACCUCCAGCAGUUCGUUCUCCCAGCACCGCAACACGAUGGAGGUAUGGCCAACGGCGGCAAGUCACGCCGGCACCGGCAAGCCGUGUAAAAGUGGCAGAUGCAUCAAAACCCAAACCAAGACCUACACAACCACCAUCCACCGAGUCAAGAAGCAUCGUCGGACCUGGGUGUCUCAUCCUGAAUCACCAAAAUCGGUAAAAUCCCUCAGUCAUCUCAUUCAGAGUCUCGUUUACUUAUUAGCGAUACGGACAGGGAAACAGGCCCUUCGGCCCACCCAGUCCAUGCCGACCAGCAAUGACCCAUGAUUCAAUCCAUGAUUGAAUGGCAGAGUAGACUUGAUGGGCUGAAUGGCUUAGUU